AUGCGCAGCGGAGUUUAUGAGACCCCCCUCGACAUUGCAUGGAACAAUGGGUUCAUUGAGGUAGCGGAAGAGUUAUUUGAGCGUCUUGUAAAACCCGAAUAUCGGGGUCCAGAGGUUCACAAGGCGCUCUGCAUGGCUGCUGAGAGCCGUAACGGAGCCCGAGUCAAUGCGCUACUUGGAAACGGAGCAUACGUGAAUUACCAAGACGAUUCCUACGGGCCUGCCUUGGUAUAUGCUGUUCGUGGCGGGAAUAUCGAAAUUGCCAAUACUUUACUAAAACACGGUGCUAUGGUGAAUGUAGAGUCUUCUAUAUACGGAUGCCCUCUUGAAGCCGCUGUUCAAAAUAAAAGUCAUGAAAUGGUAAACUUCCUGCUAGAAAACAACGCCGACGUGAAUUUCUCUGGAACUGGAAAUUCUCUACUGUCUGCCGCGAUUGAGGGGGAUCUUAAUAUGGCAAGGUUGCUUAUAAAUAAAGGUGCCGAUGUCGGCAUUGAAGUGAGCGAAUACGGCACUCCCAUUUUCGCUGCAGCAAUAUAUGGACAUAAAAAUGUGGCCUCAUACUUGCUCGAAAAAGGUCAAAGAGCGACUGGAGAAAUGGAACCCGAAUACCACGCAAAUCAAAAGUCUGAGUAG